ACGUUUCUGAUGAAAUACCCUUACGGCGAUUUGGGCUGAACUGCGCAGAGGAGGAAGUGCGAUCUGCUGCAUUAUUGGAAGUCUAUUACCGCUAAAAUACCAAUAAGGAUUACUCCAUUAACCUCCUAAGAAUAGUGCUGUUUUAUUGUUUAGCUACACGAAAAAGCGGUAAAUUGUCAAAGUAUCUAGUUAUUUAUGGUUUAUUAACAACGCUUCAUAUUUUUUGCCAGAUUUACGGAUAUUACUCACCGGUUAGUCACAUAAACUGGUCACCGUAACUUGGACUGCAUUCAAUCGCUAGAUUGAGCUUCAUUGAACAAUUAAGAUGGCUCUUUAUGUCUACGUGGCUUUUUCGUGUACUUCUUGCCGUUCGUCUCUGUCUUCUACUGUUACAAGCGCUGGCCGGAAUUUGUCCGAUCAUUGUAUUGGGAGUGACACCGACAUGGACACCGCCAGAGUCGAAGGCAUCAUGGAAGACGGCGUGCAGUGGGCUCACAGGCAAGCCGACCUGAUCGCCGUCCAGGCGCGCUGCUGAGCGAAAAUGUCCGUUCCCAAGGCUUUAAUAAUUAAAUAUAAUCAGCUCCAUUUUCUAGUGAUAUAGUUUUUUUCCCCAAAAAAAGUGCAAGGACAAUUACCUACGUAACUAAUCUUAGUGCUUUCAACCACUUAUGUUAUGAAGAAUGAACGUCGCCCCUGGCAUUUUAAAUACAUAGUUUAACUAAUUCGCUAUUUAACGUCGCAAAUCAGCUACUUUUAUCUAGUUUAUGUAUGUAUUUUUAUUUAAAUCUAUGACCGUUUUAUCAAGUGCUCAUGCAUCCUAAUAUAUAGUUACUUUUAUAAUUAAUUCCCCAGUCCGGAUUUAACUAUUGUUGUUGUUGUUGGUUUAUUCGUAUUAUUUCUCGUUAUAAGAGAUAAAAAACGUUCAGAAACAUGAAUUCAGAUAGACUCAGUUCGAAGCAGAGUGUCACGUCGACUGUACCCGGCGAGUUUGGAGUCACGUCGCUGGUACACAAAAAUCAGGAAAGUUCGUGGUUUGGCUUUUUAUCGGUGGUUUUUAGGCCCGCCCUGUCUUUCGCUAAAAAGUAUCUUCCGGGACGGCUUCAGACAGCUACCUUGUUAAACGGCGGAUUUGGAUCGAUUAAUGAGGACAUUUCUCGAUCUGCGGACGGAGAUAGCUCUUUUUUAGAGCGACUUGGCAAAUUUAUUCCUGCAGCUGAACAUCAUCCACACAUCGCCUACCUUCAUUACCAGCAUGAAGCCAGUGGCUUUGAUUUUUCCUCUAAGGAAUCUGUCAGGUGGACUAGUGCGGACUCUUUUCAUGAAUUGGGAAUUAACCCUACUGAUGUGGAUUUGAAUGUCAUAAGGGACACAACCGCUGGUGGGUAUUUAGCCGCAGCGAAACAUUUUCUUUCUCAAAUUCUGAUCAGCGCAGUUUCAUCUCAGAAUGAAACAAGAACCGCAGAACAAAUGCUAAGUAGCGAUGGCUGGCCCGCAGAUUUGUCAGCAACAAAAAGCAAUUGGCAGGGUGAAAUUUGGGGGUCUGAAUUUAAUGAUUGGAAAGAGAAGGUAUCGGCCACAUGGUUUUAUGGAGAAAAUGUCAGUGACAGCCAGCAGGUAAAAUCCAGCACAGCUGUUUCUGUUGCCAAGCCAACAAAACUGUUUGUACAAUGUAAAGGAUCAGUGCACAAUGAACAUACUGGACUGUUCCGUCAUGCAAAACUGGCAGGUAAUGGUGCAUACUGUAUGUCCAUGCCAGGAUACCUCCUGAGCACAGAAAUUCCGCUGUUAGAUUAUGAACCUGUCUGUGCCAGUUUGGUCAACACAAGAACUGUUGCUGCCUGUCAAAGUGAUGUGGCAGUGCUGACUCCUGAUCAGGACAAUGGAUACAGAAGUUUGGACAAGGAGCACUCAAAUACCAGAUUGCAUGUAAUGAGAUCCAUUUGCCUCAAUAAGGGAUGUAUAGAAUCUGAUACGAGAACUGAGGUACAAGGCUGCUCUAUUGAGGAGGAACCAAAGGAAGCUACGGCAGAGCUCACUGAAUGGGAAAGAGAUUGUGAUUCUGUUGCUAAGUCUGAAGAAGGUGAGCUGUCUGUUCAGGAGGAAGUGGAGGUGCCGGCCCAGCCUUAUUUCUCCAAACCCAAGUGCCAAAACAAGACAAUUGCCUACAUCAUGGGCAGCCAAUGCAGUGAGGAUAGCGAUAGUGAGUCAGAGGGUGAUUGCGAUUGGGAUGAUGACGAUGGAUUUGACAGUGAGGGAGCUUCUGAUUUUUCAGAUUCUGAGGAUUCUGAUUCUGACGAUGAGGAAGAUUCAGAGGAUGCAAAUGCUGAGGUGGAAAAGCUUUGGAACUCUCUUUGCCAAAGCAGGGACCGUUAUAAUCUUUGGAACUUCACUGCACCUCUGAAGACUGCCGCGGAUCCUGUCACACAAGCGAAUGUUUCUGUGACGUUGGUGGAAGCAGAGCGUUCCAUUUCCCCCAGCUCCUUUAGUUCCCUUUCCUCAUCCCUUAAGCCCCUCAAAGAAGAGGAUAAUUCUGGAGACGAGUCUGGCAAUGUGGACAAAGCAGAUAGCCUUCGCUUAUGGAACUCUUUCAGCUGUGUGUCAGACCCAUACAGUCUCUUCAAUUUCCAGGCCCCUCUGCGGACUCAACCUGCAGCCCGGAGCUUUACUGGUACAUCUUUCACUUCACCAUGCAGCCACAAGAAGGAAGCGGAGGAACGACUGGACAGUGGUUUUUCAGAAGAUGUUUCUAGCCACAAUACAUCCUCUGCCAAGCUGAAAAAGGUGAGGUUUGUGGAAGAUAUAGAAGAAUUCUAUGCCAGUUGUGAUGAAGAUCGACGGGGUCCUUGGGAAGAGUUUGCCCGUGAUCGCUGCCGCUUCCUUCGUCGUGUGCAGGAAACAGAGGAUGUCAUUGGAUAUUGCCUGGCCCCUGCCUUCCGGCAGUUAAUCUUCCAGAGGUUGCAUCAGAGCUCCUGAGUUGCUGCUGCUGUUACCUUUGUUGUGUUGUUUAUCUGUCUCAGUAUCUAGUAAUUGCUGGACUCUGGACUGUCGUGGCAGCAGGAGACACAAAAAUAUGCUAAGAACUAAAUGGCUAAGGGCUAAAUCGUAAUUCAAGUACAGCCUGACCCUGACUCUUAGUAUAAUUCUUUGCAGCACUUUCCCAUAGGUGACAGUCUCCCUUGUUACCAGCCUUCACUGUGCAAUUAACAAUGCCCUUCAUCAUACCAUUGUCACAAAGUUUUCUAUAUAUUUCACUUAACAGUCUCAUAACCUCUUUUUUCGAUUGAGAAUACCAUGUAUUGUCACCUUUCCUUUGUCAUUUAUUAGAGAAACUUGUGAGAAUUGACAAAGGGGAUUGUUUUGCUCAGGUUGGCUUGCACUGGGAUUGUGGAUAUGGCUAGGUUGUGGUAAAACCUAAGAGAAGUUUGAAAAUGGUAUUUAAUAAAAACAUUACUAAUAAAUAACAGCAUAGUACUGGGGAAACCCUAACUUUGCAACUCUUACAAUUCCUAGAGAUUUAACUACUUGGACCAGUUUAACACCUACAUCAGUCUAAACUUCACUUGUACAGAGUACAAGGGUAUUGGUCUGUGGUUUCUCAAUGACAUUGAUUAAUGGAAAGUAUUACUUUUUGUGAAUUGAUUUUAAGGCCAAAGGUAAAACACAAUUGAACUCUUAAAUUUUACAUCUUGAGUUCCUCAGUAUUUGACUUUAGAGAGUUCUCUUUCGUGUUAUGGGAGCAAUUAAACCAGCUAUGAAUUUAGUCUAAUUUAUUGUAGAAAGUCUUCCCUUUGGUUAUUUUGAUAGUUUGGUGCUUUCACAGUGAUGUGGACAAUUAAAAGGGUUUGUUUCUCUGUACUCUGAAAAUGACAGGUGUGAUGAAAGCGGAUAAAUUUAGGCAGGUAACAGCCAGCAAAAUGUGGAUUUUUUUAAUUAAAGGAUAUUACCAAAAUGAGUGAUAUUUCUGUUUAAUUGCAUCAUUAAAUUGUUUUAUUUUUCUAGUGCUUCUGCAUCCUUUGAGAUUUUGUGGAAGAAGUUAUUGCUUCAUUUACUGUAUAAAUAAAAUGAUAUAUACUAAUAAAUCAAUGAAGAACAUGUA